GGAAACGCUCUCGUUUCCCCCUCCACACAUGACCUUUUUGGGUUUGACACUGAUCCUUACAGCGUCCUUGUUCGAACCCAGGCUGUGUUCAUGCGUGAGCAAAAGAAACAAAAACAUGGAAUAGAAAUCGGUGUGUAAAUAAACUCUUAGUUUCCACGAAAUAACAAGAUGUUACGGGCCGGACCUGCUGUUGCAUGCAUGGCGUGCAGGAGUCUUCUCCCCUCCAGACUGGGAGGGAUUCGGUUCGGCUUCCCGCUGCAGAAGCUCCACCCCCUGUCACGUGCCAUCCACCAUCGCUACUCUACCAACAACAACCCCCCUCAGCGCCCCCCUCAGCGCCAUUACACCUCCCUCUCCAGGCUCCCCGUGCGGCCCCCGAGGUCCCGGUCGGGACACGGCUACUACCAGCAGCAUCGCUCCUUCUGGGUGGCUCGUCUGGCGGCUCGGCUGCUGAAGCUGCGCUACAUCCUGCUGGGAUCCGCCGUUGGAGGAGGCUACACAGCUAAAAAGACGUAUGACGAGUGGAAGGACAUGCUUCCCGAUCUGAGCGAUUACACCUGGAUCGUUCCCGACUUCGUCUGGGAGCUGAGCGACAACAUCGAUUUAGAGAAGCUAGCAAGCGCUUUACCUGAGAUGGAGGAGAUCGCUAAGCUGCUGCCGGACUUCGAGAAGAUCGGAGAGAACUUCACUUUCCUCAAGGGCCUGCUGUCCAGCGGUGUGAAUAGUGCAGUCAUUGGAUCUUCUGGUCUGCGUCUGUUGUUAGAAACUCCAGGUGAGCCGAACCUGAGUGCACCUGAGGUCCAUCCCACAGGCGCCGGGACUGAGGGCAGUGACAAGUUUAAGAAGCAGGGGCUGCUCGGAGAACUCAUUCUCAUUCAGCAGCAGAUCCAGCGGCAUGAAGACGAAGUUCGGCGGGCGGCGGCCAGUAACGAGCCCCGCCCCGGUCGUGCUCAGACUCCGCCCCCCAGCCAGGCCCCGAAAUUCCCCCACAAGUCUUCGGAUAAAGAGAAAGUCGACCAGCUGCAAGAGGAGCUCCUUCACACACAGUUGAAGUACCAGAGGAUGUUGGAGCGUCUGGAGAAGGAGAAUAAAGAGCUGAGGAAGGUGGUGCUGCAGAAAGAUGAUAAAGGCAUCCAUCAGAGGAAAGUCAAGAAGUCGUUGAUUGACAUGUACUCUGAAGUCCUGGACAUUCUUUCCGAUUAUGAUUCCAACUACAACACUCAGGAUCACCUGCCAAGGGUGGUGGUUGUAGGAGACCAGAGCGCAGGAAAGACCAGCGUGUUGGAGAUGAUCGCUCAGGCUCGGAUCUUCCCUCGAGGCUCAGGAGAGAUGAUGACCAGGUCUCCGGUCAAGGUGACGCUGAGUGAAGGUCCUCAUCAUGUGGCUAUGUUCAAAGACAGCAGUCGUGAGUUCGACCUGGCAAAAGAGGAUGAUCUGGCUGCACUGAGGCGUGAGAUAGAGCUGAGGAUGAGGAAGAGUGUGAAGGACGGUCAGACAGUCAGCCCAGAGACGAUCUCUCUGAGUGUGAAAGGUCCGGGGAUCCAGAGGAUGGUUCUCGUGGACUUACCGGGAGUGAUCAGUACGGUGACUGCCGGCAUGGCUGCAGACACCAAGGAGACCAUCUUCAGCAUCAGUAAAGCAUACAUGCAGAACCCAAACGCCAUUAUCCUGUGUAUUCAGGAUGGAUCAGUAGAUGCAGAGCGCAGUAUAGUCACCGAUCUGGUCAGUCAGAUGGACCCUCAGGGCAAGAGGACCAUUUUUGUCCUGACCAAAGUGGACCUGGCCGAGAAGAACCUCGCCAGCCCGAGCAGAAUCCAGCAGAUCAUCGAGGGCAAGCUGUUUCCCAUGAAAGCUCUGGGCUACUUUGCUGUAGUGACCGGAAAAGGCAGCAGCAGUGAAAGCAUCGACUCUAUCAAAGACUAUGAAGAGGACUUCUUCAGGAAAUCCAGAUUGUUAAGAGAGGGGAUGCUGAAGGCCCACCAGGUGACCACCAAGAACCUGAGCCUGGCCGUGUCUGACUGCUUCUGGAAAAUGGUGCGAGAGUCUGUGGAGCAGCAAGCAGAUGCCUUUAAAGCAUCUCGCUUUAACCUGGAGACCGAGUGGAAGAAUAACUACCCCCGCUUACGAGAGCUGGACAGGAACGAGUUGUAUGAAAAAGCCAAGAACGAGAUCCUGGACGAGGUGAUCAGCUUGAGCCAAGUCACUACGAAACACUGGGAGUCCAUCCUGCAGAAGAAGCUGUGGGAGAGAGUGUCCACUCAUGUCAUUGAGAACAUCUACCUUCCUGCUGCUCAGACCAUGGACUCGGGCACCUUCAACACCACUGUAGAUAUCAAACUGAAGCAGUGGACAGACAAACAGCUGCCACACAAAGCACUGGAGGUAGCGUGGGAGACGCUGCAGGAGGAGUUCGCUCGCUUCAUGGCCGAGUAUAAAGGGAAAGAUCAGGACGAUAUCUUCGACAAGCUGAAGGAAGCGGUGAAGGACGAGAGCAUUAAGAGGCACAAGUGGAACGAGAGCGCCAUGGACAGUCUGCGAGUGAUCCAGCACAAUGCUCUGGAGGAUCGCUCCAUCACGGACAAGCCACAGUGGGACGCCGCCAUCCAGUUCAUGGAGGAGACGCUGCAGUCUCGCCUUAAAGACACUGAGGCGGUCAUCAGCGACAUGGUUGGACCGGACUGGAAGCAGCGAUGGAUGAACUGGACGAAUCGCACACCUGAACAGCAUGUUCGUAACGAGACCAAAAACGAGCUGGAGCGCCUGCUGAAGCUGCGUGAGGACCACACGGCGUACCUGGCCAACGACGAAGUCACCACCGUGCGCAAGAACCUGGAGGCGCGCGGGGUGGAGGUGGACCCAGUGUUGAUCAAAGACACGUGGCACCAGCUGUACAGACGCCACUUCCUCCAGAAGGCCUUGUUCCACUGUAACCUCUGCAGACGAGGCUUUUAUUAUUACCAGAGACACUUCAUAGACUCAGAGCUCGAGUGUAAUGACGUGGUUCUGUUCUGGAGAAUUCAGAGGAUGCUGGGCAUCACAGCCAACACGCUCCGACAGCAGCUGACCAACACUGAAGUGCGGCGCCUGGAGAAGAAUGUGAAGGAGGUGCUGGAGGAUUUCGGUGAGGACAACGAGAAGAAAGUGCAGCUGAUUACGGGGAGGAGAGUUCAGCUGGCUGAAGACCUCAAAAAAGUACGAGAAAUCCAGGAGAAACUUGAAGCCUUCAUAGAAGCUCUUCACAAGGAGAAGUAGUGCAGCAGACACUGCAGACGCCCUCAGAGACAAAUGCACUGAUCCAAGACUUGCUGCUUUCCUCCUGCUUUUAAACUUUGCCCAACACACACACACGCAAGGCCAGACAGAAUCGUUAAAUCUCCGCCCCCUUAGUGUGUAAGAACCGGUUUAUGUUCCGUCACACGGCUCAGCUUCACCCUGUCCUCCCGCAGCGUCUGGUCACCAACGUCUGACCCGAGCAUCAGAGACGCAUUAUAUACAACACAGACAAGCAAAGAGAGACGUAGAGAGGGACUGACACACACACACAGAGGAAUGUACACAUAGAUAGCUGGACAAACACAACACACACAGACAGAUGGACAUACAAACUUACACACACACUGAUGGACUGAGAGACAUGCACUCACAGACAGACAGAUGUACAAAUGUUCUCUCUCUCUCUCUCUCUCGAACACACACACACACACUGAUGGACUGAGAGACAUGCACUCACAGACAGAUGUACAAAUGUUCUCUCUCUCUCUCUCUCUCAAACACACACACACACACACACACUGAUGGACUGAGAGACAUGCACUCACAGACAGACAGAUGUACAAAUGUUCUCUCUCGAACACACACACACACACACACACACACACUGAUGGACAGUGAGACACCCUCAGACAGAUGUACAAACUUACACACACACACUGAUGGACUGAGAGACAUACACUUACAGACAGACAGAGGUACAAAUAUUCUCUCACACACACACACACACACACAGACUUACAGUCUUAUACACACACACACAUAUAUACAGAUGUACAUAAAGUGAGAUGUACACAGAUAGAGACAGACAGCUUGUGUGUGUGUGUGUGUUGUCUCGUCUCCCUUCAUCAUGAGCCCUCCUGCUUCACCUCACACACUGCUCGUAUCCCAGAGCCGGAGCGCUCCACGUUUUUUUCCUCAUUUUAUUUCAGACCUCGUGCACUUUUUUUUGGCCCAGCGUUCACUCCGUGGUUAACGAGCACGCAAUUAACCUCGGACCCACACACACACACACACACACACACACUGUAGGUGACACGACACCGAGCUCUAAGGCCAGUGUAAGGUUUGUGUAAUUAGCAUGUCCUUUAUUUAAAAAGUAUUAAAAAUAAAGCACUUAAACGCAACAGCUUCCUGCAGAAAGAAAUGGUUGUGUUGCAGAAAUGUUUCCUAGCGCUUAAUUCCACUUCACUCUCAAUUCAUAUCAAUCUGCCUCUGUAAUGACAUCAUCUCACCCCCCUUUACUAUUUUACCCUCCAUUCCACUCAUCUCGUGCUUAACAUUCAUCCCAACCUCAUGGAGGAGUGUCUCUCUAUUCCACACACACACACACCAUAUGUAUAAACAGGUGAAAACACACCGUGUGUAGAAGUGUUUCACAUCUGGGAGUGUAUACACACCGUGUGCACAUGGAGGAGUGUAUACACACACACUGUGCACAUGGAGGAGUGUAUACACACACACUGUGCACAUGGAGGAGUGUAUACACACACACUGUGCACAUGGAGGAGUGUAUACACACACUGUGUGCACAUGGAGGAGUGUAUACACACACCGUGUGCACAUGGAGGAGUGUAUACACACACACUGUGCACAUGGAGGAGUGUAUACACACACACUGUGCACAUGGAGGAGUGUAUACACACACACUGUGCACAUGGAGGAGUGUAUACACACACCGUGUGCACAUGGAGGAGUGUAUACACACACACUGUGCACAUGGAGGAGUGUAUACACACACACUGUGCACAUGGAGGAGUGUAUACACACACACUGUGCACAUGGAGGAGUGUAUACACACACACUGUGCACAUGGAGGAGUGUAUACACACACACUGUGCACAUGGAGGAGUGUAUACACACACACUGUGCACAUGGAGGAGUGUAUACACACACACUGUGCACAUGGAGGAGUGUAUACACACACACUGUGCACAUGGAGGAGUGUAUACACACACACUGUGCACAUGGAGGAGUGUAUACACACACACUGUGCACAUGGAGGAGUGUAUAAGAUCAUGGCUGGGUGAUGACAGGCUCGGAUCGGCGCCACGCUCAGAACAGUACAGAAGUGAAAAUAUCCAGAACCUUUAUUUCUCCUGUGGUGUAGAUUGUAAUGUUUGCAUGUCCUGUGCCUCGGGUUUAUUUAUUAAAUUAGUGUUGAAGGUGAAAUAAAAUGGAUAUUAAUUCAAAGCUUUUGGAUUUUCGACUCGUGGAAAUAAAAAAAUAUUAAAUAUUUAA